AUGCCCAUCAACGAAAGCUUCUUUGGGUUCAUUGAAUCUACAACAGACGCUUUGCUAGUUUUUGAAGCCUGUCGCAGUGGAAAGUUACCAAAGAUCAGUCGAAGAUUGCAAGACCGAGAACGAGGAUCUAUUAAAUCAGGCACUGUGUUUGUCUUUGAUGAAAAAGAGUCUGGCAUCAAACGUUGGACAGAUGGUCUCGUAUGGAGCCCUUCUCGUAUCCUUGGAAACUUUUUGAUCUAUCGUGAACUGGAUGGACGUGAAUCGCUAUAUCAGCAUAACCGAGCACCAUUCGACUACGACUCAUCGCAUUAUCCAUCGUCAUACGACUAUGGAGCAGCGCAGAAUGAUUCAACGCAGCCUUUUGUAGGAGAGCUUUCCAACGAAGAGAGAAACAAAGAACGCAAUCUAGUCGGGUCGCUUACAGAUACCUACAAAUUUCGAAAGGGAGGGCUUAUUAAAAAGACCAUCAGUAUUCACCUCAACGGGUCUACUCAGCAUUUGAUAAGCUACUACACUCGAUUAGAUGUGCUGGAAGGAAGAUUAGCCACCCCAUCUUCUGUUUCAGACUUGUCUGACUUGCAGAUCUCUCCUGAUUUAUUAUUAAAGCAGAGCUUUCGUGUACCUCCUUCUGUAGAAUUUGCCGAAUCGCUGCUCAAAAGACCUAGCUUAUCACCUACGUCGACCAGUUCAACUACUUCCACCGCAACAGCAUCAACAGCCAUACGCAGAAAGCUCUCCCAUGCGACCAUUGGUACCCACUCCUUUUAUGAAACUCAUCCAACCGCACGAGCCCCAGAUGAAGAGUUUCCACCUUUAUCUGUGGAUCAUUCUCGAAGAUCAAGUUUUGAAUCUGGCGGUAACUCGAGGAAGUAUGCUAGGACAAGUUUGGAUACUCAUCAAUACAGAAGAUCCUCUCUCUUUUUACCGUUCACUGAUUCAAGAAGCUUGAAUACGGACAAGAUCUUAUCAUUCCCUCCUUUGCCUCCCCCACCGCGUCCUCCUCAUUACUUGCACCAUCAUCAUGAGGCGGCCCCUGCUGCUGCACCCAUGAGCAAUGACUACACUAGAUCAUCCAGCGGAUCAAAUCCACCAUCAUCAAGCAAGGCUCCCUUUGGUACCUCAGACUUGUUUUCCAACAAUAACAAACUCCUGGAUCAGCAGCAACAGCAAAGAUACCAACAGCCCGUGGCCCCCAUUGAUACAUUGACGAAAAGUUUAUUCAAACAAGGUGCGCAAGAUGCCCCUUUUCGUCUUCACAAACAUUGCGAUAGUAGUCCUCCUCCUUUGUCUUCUUUGUGCGAGCGUGAAAAUGGCCCUUCGCUUCCCUCUCCUUCAAGCCUGAUUUGGCCCUCUACUUUAGCUACCAGCCAUACCAAUGCACAUCACCCAUGGCAACAACAACAACAGCAACAAGGCUGUGAUAGCAACAAGAUGGCGUACUAUCAGCGACCCUCUCCGCCGCCCCUGUCUCAGCCAAACACCACCACUACAUCGCCUAUGUCCAUGGAGCCUACGAGUAACUACAAUAGUCCACCAAGCAUUUACCAUCAGCAUUUUCAUUAUCACUACGAAAGACAGUACAACCAUGCCUCGCCUUCAGCCUCCAUUCAUCAGCAACUUUUCCCUUCUUCGACACCUGGUAAUAACCUCUGA